AUGGGUCCUCUGUUUGACAUAACGGGAUCCCGUGGCUUCAUAGACAUGGGGAUUCCCAUACACGCUACGGUGGCUGACGCUCUCUCAACAUCCCGACGACGACACCAUCGAACAGAGCAUCUUCGCCUGAUCGAAGCAACUCUUGCGGAUUAUCGAUCACGGCCGGUGCAGGAAACAGAGGACAUUUCCUUGUGGAAGCAUGCAGCAAAUACCUACAAGACCUCUUUUCACUCGAAGAAAACAUGGACGCAGCUCAGAGAUACAGGGCCUACUAAGGACUGGUACCGUGGAAUUUGGUUUACGCACGCUACACCGAAGUUCACGUUCUUAGCUUGGCUUGCGGUCAAUGAUCGGCUAGCCACAGGCGACCGAAUGCUGUCUUGGAACGUUGGUGCUAAUCCAUCGUGCGUGUUGUGCCAGCAUGCGUUAGAGACAAGAGAUCAUCUAUUUUUUACAUGUAGCUUCUCCGCUGAAGUAUGGUCUGCCUUGACGAAGGGACUCCUUAAACGGUGCUACUCUCAGACUUGGCAAUCCAUUGUCUCCAUCAUCUCCGGAAGUGCUCUACCUCACCUUACACUCUUCCUCACUAGGUAUGUGUUCCAGGCAACAAUACAUACCGUUUGGAGAGAAAGAAACGCUCGGCGGCACGGAGAGCAGCCUCUCUCCUCAAACCAUCUCAUCAAGACGCUCGAUAAACUUGUCCGGAACCGCAUCUCGUCGAUACGGUCGUUAGGAGACUCAAAGUACGAAGAUGCACUCCACCUUUGGUUUGAAGCAAGAAGUUAA